AACACCGCCUCCGCCUCCUGGGCCCUGGCGCUGCCUGUUCAAAACAAAGCCAGCUGUGGGGUGAAUACUAAUCUAAAAGACAGCAGACAAGACAAACAGGCUGGAAAUGGCUCUUAGUUCGUCAGACAUCAUGUCAUCAGAAUCUUUCUCCAACCAUUUAAGUGGAAGUCUGCCAGUGUAUGUGUCCCCUCAAGACAUCACCAAGCACCCUCAGCUUAGCCACCUGCUGAAGGACCUAAGCCUCCGCCUCACCCCCACGGGAACCCUCAAGAGCACCCACACUCGCCUUGCACAUGCCACUGCUGCCCUCAAGCAUGCCAGAAUGAAAUAUUUAGAAGAAGCAACACUUCAUCGGGUAUCCCAAGAUGUACUUCUGAAAAUGUGUGAUGGGGACGAUAAAGAAGAAAAUAAAAUGAGGAAGAUGCUGGAGGCAGUAACAUUGUCAGAGCUGCAGGAUCACCUCCAGUUGGUGAGGAGCAGUGAUGAGGGGCAACGGGAAGGCAGGAGCAGCAAGAUGCACACAAUGUUCAGUAUUUCGCCUGAAGACUUGUUGGCCAGUUGCAAGGCUCUAAACCCUGGGGCAUACAUUGAUGACUUGAGUUAUGCAAUGGAAGUUUGGCUUGAGCAAGAGUGGAUCAAGAUCAGUUCAUUUUUAAAGCCAGUAGGUUAUGAAAGUUGUGAUUCACAUGAAGCAACAAAAAUUGUUGAAUCCUUGGAGACCACAAAGGAGAAGCUUGCUGAGGAGAGUAAUAAACUGAUUCACAGUGUAAUUCAAACAGACUGCCUCAACCAAAAGGUGUAUGGUCUCCUGUUUGACUACAGUAAGAUUCUGAAAAGCCUGGUGUCAAAGCAACGGCUGUCCCACUACCCAGCACAGCACUUGGCUAACUGCCUUGUUAGCCUCCGGGCCCACUUCCUUAAGCUAAGGUGCCUUGAGCUGGAAGUUUUGACAGAAACUUACACCAGCCAAUCUGUGCGGGCCCUGAAGUUACUUCAGAGCCACUUGCAGCAGCGAAGAACACAGACUGAAGAGUCUCUCGUGAAACUAAGACAUAGUAUGGAUGCCUACAAGGAUCUGGACCCAAAAUUUCAGGGUUUAUUAAAAGAAUAUGCCAAGCUUCAGGAGGAUAUAAGUUUUGCUAAGAUGUCCACUGGCUUAAACAACCAUUAAAGGUAUAAACUUUUCUACAAAGUCUUCUAUAGUCAGUCUGUUAUCUGGUGUAGGGAGUUUUAGUUCUUUGAUGCCUAGGUACCUUUUAGAGUAAGCACCCUUAUGAACCUGAAAAUUUUAUUAUGCUUCAUUUCAUCUCCUUUAUAAUAAUUAUUAUGAUCCAAACCUCAUUUUACACAGGCAUAUAUAAAGGGUCUAAAACUAAAAGUGAAAAAAAGUUAUAAGAAGACAAGAGCAUUGAAAUGGUCCCAGCCAUCUAUUAUUUUUACAUCAUUCAGGUGAAGAUGCCAAAGGUUUUGAUGUUUAUUUUUAGCACAUUGUUGUUACAAAUACUGUUUAGAGUCUCAAACUCAUUUAAAUUCCAACUAGAAGCAGAUGUCCAGCCAGGGGUCUUGCUUGUAACACAUAAUGCUAAUCUUCCUUCCAUAAACAUUACCCAAAGCACUAAGAUCUUUGAAGACUUGUGUUCUCAUUGAUCUGGAACUGGUGUUGUAAUCUGCCAUGCAUGCUGUGGAUUACUUGAGAUUCAGAGCCUUGGCAAACUCAUGAAUACAUAAAGACAAAGUCUAUCUUCGUACGACAACUCUACACAACCCUCUGAACAGUUAUCCCCUAUUCUUCGAUAACACACAGCUGUCUCCCUUCUUUUGCAUUAAGUUUUCAUGGUCUGUCCUUAAUGGGAGUGACCGGUUCACAAAGUGAAUUUUUUUUUAUCGUCCCAGCAUUUUUCGUAAUCAUGCUAGCAGUUCUCCAAAAGUAUUAGUGAAUAACCCCUAGGGCAAUGUUUUUCAACCGGGGUUCCCCGGAAUCCUAGGGUUCCACAAGUGGUUGCUAGGGGUUCUGCAUGAAACAGUGAUAUAUAAGCUAUGCAUUUUUGAAUAAUUUUUGUUUAAUUUUGUAUUCGUAAUUUUACUAUACAUAUGCAACAUAUUGUUGGAAAAUCCUUGGUUAUUAUAAUAAAUGCUUCCACCUCUAUUAUUUAAAAUUAUAAUAAUCAUAGAUAAUGUAUAUAGCAAUGUCUAUAUGUAAUAAAAGAGAGAAAUAUUAAUAAUGGUAAAUAAUAAUUUUUAUGCAAGGGUUCCAACUUCCCUGAGACAUGAAAACUAUUUCUAAGGGUUCCACAAGGGUAAAAAGGUUGAGAAAUGCUGCAAUAGGGCCUAGGCAAACUUUUCCCAUUCAACAUCCAUAUGUUGGUUAAAAUUAUAUUAUUUUGCUCAUAAUUAUAAUAUUCAUUUGUAAGUCUUUAAAACUUUGAAUGCAUUUUUCUUGAAAUGUAACUUUCAACUCUAGAGCUUCAAAACUCAAAAAUUAUUAGACCUACAACAUUGGUUGAGGUUUUGUCUGGAAGAGUGAAAUAUAGACUAUCCACAAUAGAAAAUAUUUUCCUUACCGGUCUCAGUUUCAAAGUUAUAGGUCCCCAAGUACAAAAAAUACUAUUGCAAUUGGGCUUGCUAGGGUCAUCAACAUUUAAAGCCUGAACAGAUACAAUAUACAUUUUCUAUAAAUAUGAUCUACAUUUUAUGCUCUUAUCAAAGAGAAAUCAACCAUUAAUGUAGGUCUAAUGGUCUUAGAGGAGUAGGGUUCCAAACAAGGCUUAAAGUUAGGGAUGAAAUCUAAUUGGCACAAAUUGUAUCAGGCUACUAAUUGACUCAAAAAUCAUCUUUUUUGUUCACUGUUGUGUGACAUUUUAUUUGAGCCAGCAUUAUCAAUAACAAAAAUGUCUGAAAUAUAAACUCCCUGUAACUCACAAUUUCAAUUGCAAACUUCAUAUUAUCUUACUUAAUCAGCUUCCCUAAGUUCUUCUAUAAAUCCUUUCAAACUCGUCCACUACUUUCUGCUACUCAGUCUCACUUUUAAGUUAACAGGACAAACGUACCACUAAUGGCUGCUCCACAGCUUUUGUACCCAAUUUUACACACAUACCUCAACUCUCCUUAAGCACUGCCAUUACCAAGCCAUUUACUGAGAGGUAGACUCAAACUAACUCAGAGCAAGAUUUCUGAUGUAUGAAAUAAUUAAAAUCUCAAUUAUCUUUACAGUAAAGGAGGCAGCUUAAGGGCAAUUGCCUCUCUUACUCGUUAUAAAUCAUAAUAUUUUUAAAUAACAAAAUGUAUUCAAUAAAACUUCAGUUUACCAUAGAUCAAUUAAAUCCUGUUUAAUUGAUCAAAGGCUGACUUUGCAAUGUUUAACAAUUUUUCCUCGUUAUUCUUUUAAAUGUAAUCAUAAUUCACAGAAUCUUAAUAAAAAUGUUGCAAUUCAA